AUGGUGCUGGCGUUCGUCUGCGGCUGGGGCAUUCCCGCCCUCAUUCUCGCGCUGAUGAUGGUGUUCACCGGCGUCUCGUAUCGAUUUGGUGACGUCUGCCACAUCAACAGCCCUAACAGCCUGGGAGAUUACUGGAUUCCUGUCAUGGUCAUCGCUGGCCUGUCUUUGUUCCUGCAGGUCGUGACAAUGGGGUACUGCAUCCAUGUCUAUAUCAAGUCCCUGUCGGACCCGGACCCGACGAGCACGACCAACUCGGGCCUGCCGUCGUAUUCGGGCAGUGUGCGCACGGUGACGGCGCGGCAGGCGUACAAGCGAGUCCGGCGCGUUCUUCAGCUGCAGUGGAGAUCGAUAGCUUUGGUGCUCACCAUCAUCGCCAACGUGAUCUUCUUCGCUGUCGUCUUCGUCCGGCUGAACAGUUCACUCGAAAAGACUCCCGAAAACCUGCAACGGGCCUCCAAGUGGCUCUUGUGCCUGGCGUUGAGCCGCGGAAACGCGAGCGAGUGCGCAGCGGAGGCUGCGGGGGUGGCGCUGAACGAGGCGACGCUGCUGGCGGUGCUGGUGCUGCUGUCGAUAUCCAGCUUCUGGAACUUCAUCUUUGUCGUGCGGUGGUCGAUGGUGCUGGGGUGGAUUGACUUCUUCAAGGGCCUGUUCGUGCACCAGGUCGAGUUCGUGUCGGCGGAUGCCCGGUCGCGCUUUCCCGACUCGCGCGCCUACGAGAUGCUGAACUCGCGCCAGCAGACCAUCAAGACGCCCGAGCCCGUCGUCACGUCGACAUCCACCACGCUGCGAGACUCGGACGGCAAGGGAUCCGACUAUUACGGCCGCGAGGCGAAGUACACCAGUCCCGCCAUGAGCUUCUCUUCGCCUCGUCCUCCCAGUUCGCAAAACCCCGGCCGCUACUGGGAUCCGCAGUCGAGCUUUGCCCGCUCGAAUUCCACCUACAGUCACCAGAAUCCCCGAUAUAUGUGA